AUGGGUGGGUUCCUGAAAUCCUGUGCAGAGGGGCCAGACCCUGGGGAUCCUCUCCAGAGUGUCGAGGGAGAUUCAGUGUGGCAGCUCCUAUCCCAGGAGAUCUUGGAUGAACCUCCAGAUGCCCCAGUGCCCCAUGUGGGUGGCCACAAGGCAUCUAAGCAAGGGAACAGGUGUUACAAGCGUGUUCCAGCCUGGACAGGGGGAGACCAGGACACGGGGGAAACUGCCGCGAAUGCCAAGAACAGGAAGCUGUGUCCGGUUGCUGCCUGUGUGGCAGCUGCACUCUGGACCUCUGCCCUCGGGUUCCUCCUCUGGGGGUGGUCGGUGCUGCUCGAGCCCCCAGCAGAGGGUUUCUGCCCGCAGGCACCCCGUCCAUCAACAGGCCCUCACAAGCUGAGGGAGUGCCUUCCCCUCAUCAUCUUCCUGCGCAACCGGCUGAAGUAUGCCCUGACAGGGGACGAGGUGAAGAAGAUCUGCAUGCAGAGGUUCAUCAAGAUCGAUGGCAAAGUCCGCACGGACAUCACUUACCCUGCAGGCUUCAUGGAUGUCAUCAGCAUCGAGAAGACAGGCGAGCAUUUCCGCCUGGUGUAUGACACCAAGGGCCGGUUUGCUGUUCACCGCAUCACAGCUGAGGAGGCCAAGUACAAGCUGUGCAAGGUGAGGAAGAUCUUCGUGGGCACCAAAGGAAUCCCUCACCUGGUCACCCACGAUGCCCGCACUAUCCGCUAUCCUGACCCCCUCAUCAAGGUGAAUGACACGGUCCAGAUUGACCUGGAGACGGGCAAGAUCACAGACUUCAUCAAGUUUGACACAGGUAGGUCUUGCAUCCCAUGUGAAGCGCUGUACCCAUCCCCAGUAUGGAGAGCACCGUGUGUAGCUGGCCCAGCAUGGGCAGUGGUGGGCUUCUGCUGUUUUCCCCCUGAGAGGGAGAGCUCUGCUGCUAUCCACGUUUCCUGGUGUGACGUGCCUUCUUCCUUGCUGCAGGGCAACAAGCCAUGGAUCUCCCUGCCCCGUGGAAAGGGCAUCCGCCUGACCAUUGCUGAAGAGAGAGACAAGAGACUGGCGGCCAAGCAGAGCAGUGGGUGAAGUCCAGCUUGGGCUGGUGCUGGUGCUGUCAGUGUGUUAAUUAAACCGUUUACCACA